CCAAAUAUACAAAUCUUUUCCUUUUCCUUCCUUUCAUAGAAGAAACAAAAAACACUGAAGUAAAAAGCUGAGAAUUAUAUUUUUGCUAGAGAGAUAAAGCUGCAAUAACAAUAUCAACAAUAACCCAUUUGGAUCUCACAGGCCAGGUGCUCCUCCGCUCUGAUUCUUCUCAUGUUCAAAGGGAGAGAAAAACUUCUCAUCAUCAAAAUGUCAAAUAGGACCCAUGAACCCGCUGGAUCGGACUCCACAACACGCACACCCGCCGAACCGCGUCCUCUACGCUCAAGGACACGGGCGCGAAUCCAACGCCUCAAGGUUACGAGUGUAUUGUUUACCAUUUUCCUCCACUGUUGUGGCUUUUGCAUUACCCUGACCUGGCUCGCAACCAGCCCAGCCUGCGUAUAAAGAGGAACCCCAGACGGCUCGGAGCACUUUCAUGUCAACCGGCCUUUUCUUAUGGAUCUGAUCUCCGCCUGCGACCGGACCAUGACUCCUGUUGGUUUGGAGACCAUCGUGGCGGACCUGGUCUCCGUGUCUCCCAACGCCACUGCGGUGGGAUCCCCGGGCAUCUCCGUGGCAACCAGGACCCUGAUCCUGCUGGUCUGUCUGCUGCUGGCCGCGUGGAACCGCACGGACAAGCAGGCCGCGCCGGGGCCUUGUUUCUGUCUGGGCCUGGGCCCACUCCUGUCCUACGCGAGAUUCAUCUGGACUGGUUUAGGAACCGCCAGCAACUACUACAACAACAAGUACGGAGACAUCGUGAGAGUGUGGAUCGACGGCGAGGAGACGCUCAUACUCAGCAGGGCGUCGGCUGUGCACCACGUGCUGAAGAACGGACAUUAUACCUCACGCUUUGGGAGCAAGCAAGGACUCAGCUGCAUGGGCAUGAACGAGAGGGGCAUCAUAUUCAACAACAACGUGACUCUGUGGAAAAAGAUACGCACCUACUACACCAAAGCCCUGACAGGUCCGGGCUUGCAGCAGACGGUGGAGGUCAGCGUCUCCUCCACCCAGAACCACCUGGACGAGCUGGACGUUUUCGGCCACGUGGACGUCCUCAACUUGCUCCGCUGCACCGUGGUCGACAUCUCCAAUCGACUCUUUCUGGGCGUACCUUUCGAUGAAAAAAAGCUGCUUCUGAAGAUCCACAAGUAUUUUGACACGUGGCAGACGGUGCUGAUCAAACCAGACGUUUACUUUAAAUUGGGGUGGAUUCAUCAAAGGCACAAGAGAGCAGCCCAGGAGCUGCAAGACGCCAUAGAGAUCCUGGUGGAGCAGAAGAGGCGAGAGGUGGAGAAGGCGGAGAAACUGGACAACAUCAACUUCACCGCAGAGCUCAUAUUUGCACAGAACCACGGCGAACUGUCUGCGGAGAACGUCCGGCAGUGCGUGCUGGAGAUGGUGAUCGCGGCACCGGACACUCUGUCCGUCAGCCUCUUCUUCAUGCUGCUGCUCCUCAAGCAGAAUCCAGAUGUGGAGUUCAAGCUGCUCCGUGAGAUAGACACCGUUUCAGGUGAGGAGCCGCGGCGCCGGUCACACGUGGCAGAGAGCCGCCCGCGGCCCGCGUGUCUCACUUGUGUUCGUGCCGCUGCAGGCGAGAGGCCGCUGCAGAACGGGGACCUCCAGAGGCUGCAGGUGCUGGAGCGCUUCAUCAACGAGGCCCUGCGCUUCCACCCCGUGGUGGACUUCAGCAUGCGCCGAGCCCUGUCCGACGACGUCAUAGAGGGCUACAGGGUGCCGAAGGGCACGAAUAUCAUCCUGAACACCGGCCGCAUGCACAGGACAGAGUUUUUCCUCAAACCCGAUGAAUUCAGUCUGGAGAACUUUGAGAAAAAUGCUCCUCGCCGUUACUUCCAGCCGUUCGGUUCGGGCCCGCGCGCCUGCGUUGGCAAGCACAUCGCCAUGGUGAUGAUGAAGUCCAUCCUGGUAACGCUGCUCUCCCGGUACUCGGUUUGCCCCCAUGAGGGCUUGACCCUGGACCGCCUCCCGCAGACCAACAACCUCUCCCAGCAGCCCGUUGAGCAUCAGCAGCAGACCGAACAGCUCAGCAUGAGAUUCUUACCCAGACGGAGAGGAAGCUGGCAAACUAUCUGAGACCCGCGCGUUUCAAUCUGCAUAUGUAUAAAUCCCACAUGAAUGUACAGAGCCACGUUUUAUAUUUUGUUACGUAUUAAAUAAUUGUAUUUCUACAUGAACUUUUAAGUAUGUGGUGAUUCGUGAUUUUUCGAAAAUGCAAAUACUGAAAUACUGAAGUAAAUGUAAAUUAUUUUUGCCGAUUCUUUUUUUUAUGUGAUAAUAAAUCCCACACACUGUUUGUAUACUAUGCUUUACAAGCACAUAACGCAGAUAAUCAUCAGUCCAUGUAUAUUCAUUUCUUUCUUUGUACUAUACAGAAUACCCGACUUGUAUAUAGAUGUUUUUAUUAUUAUUAUUACUUUGUAUUUAUAGGCUUAUUUAUAUAAUAUGUAUGUGAACACCUAAUAUGUUCACUGCUGUGUUUUUUUACAUAACAGUUCUGUCUUUUGUUCUUGAUUUGUCUGGCUUUUUUUGUGCUUGUUUGUUAUUUCUGUGUAAGUACAUUAAAAAAAGAUGAA